CAGAGCAAGUAAACGACAGACGACAAACAGUUUGACUGACGCCGCGUUGGUGGUCUCAACACUGAAGAAGAAUAGUUGGGUAAAUUGUUAGGCAAUUUUUGAACAGGGCUGCUCCCCCCCUUCUGGUAGUAGUUUAUAAUGCUACUUCUCUAAGAAGCUUUAACUCUUUAACCCAAGAACACGUAAGAGACCUCAAGCUUAAGCCCAGCUCGAAGGACGACAGCAUCAGCAGCAUACAGCAUCCAUGGCUUCCGUCCUCCUCCUCCACGCAAAGCUUGGAGCUUUCGUCUUCUCCCUGACCCUCCUCCUCUCCUCCGCGCUCGGGGCGAGGGUGGUGUGCGAGCAGCUGACGGCGGAGCUGUGCGCGUUCGCCGUGUCGUCCACGUCGCGGCGGUGCGUGCUGGAGAACACGCACUGCGCCGGGCGGCCGACGGCGUACCAGUGCCGGACGUCGGAGGUGGUGGUCGAGGACGCGCGGCUGGCGGGGCUGGUGGAGACGGACCGCUGCGUGCGCGCGUGCGGCGUCGACCGCGCCACCGUCGGCAUCUCCUCCGACUCCCUCCUCGACCCGCGCGUCGCCGGCGCCGUCUGCUCACCGGCGUGCCUCCAGGGGUGCCCCAACUUCGUCGACCUCUACUCCAACCUCGCCGCCGGAGAGGGCGUAGCUUUCUCAGAAAUGUGUGAGGUACACCGCGCGAACCCUCGCCGUGCCAUGGCACAGCUCCAGAGCUCCGGUGAGGCAGGCGUGCGGUUGGAUGCUGCUGCUCCUUCACCAGCUGCGCCUCCUUCAGAGUCAGCUUAAUCUCUAGAUACACGUAUGAUAUUAAUUCAUAGAUAAAUUUAUUACACCAUAGCUCGCUGAUUGGAGAGCUGUAUCAUUUUUACGUGAACAUGUAUUAUUAAUUUUUGUAAUAACUUUAAAAUUACUUUCUCGCCUCUCAGAUUACACCAUAGCUCUUGUUUUCUUUUCUUUUUAAUGAAGGUCAUUGGGCUGCGAACUAUAUAUGCAUCA